UUUUUUGCUUUGUAUAGAAAUAAUCGCUGAUUAUAUACACACCUGCUAGUAAAUCUUAACACAUUUUUUUUUUUUUUUUAAAUAAGAAAACUAGAGGCUUGUAACGUGCAACUGAAACUUUAAAAAUAUUUGACUCGAUUAAAAUUGAGUCAUAGUUAAUAAUACAAAUUACUCAGACUGUCAAUAUUUCGUAGUGCGGACGUAGUGAUGGCUGCUGGAAAUUCUCUCGAGAAACAAAUUGGUUGUGUAAAGUACACAUUGUUUUGCUUCAAUGUGGUGGCCUGGAUGAUCGCCACCUCCCUGUUUGCUUUGACAGUAUGGCUAAGAGCAGAGCCAGGCUUCAACGAAUGGCUACGUAUCCUGGAAGCUGAAUCCUUUUAUAUUGGUGUCUACAUUCUAAUCGCCAUUAGUAUCAUCAUGAUGGCGGUAGCUUUUUUAGGCUGUUUAAGCGCACUUAUGGAAAAUACUUUGGCCUUGCUGGUGUACAUUUGCGCACAAAUUUUCAGUUUUAUAAUUGCGUUGUCUGGUUCAGGUGUUUUACUUAACUAUAGCACCAUGCAUUCCAGUUUACAGCCUUUGCUAUUAAGCAGUUUAAAUCGCUUUGUUAGCACAUCCGAAACGAGAUAUUCAUCAUACGUUUUAAAUAUGAUACAAGAAAAUAUUGGAUGCUGUGGCGCGACCGGUCCCUGGGAUUAUUUAGAUCUACAUCAACCUCUACCAAGUUCAUGCCGUGACGCGGUCAGCGGCAACGCCUUUUUCAAUGGCUGCGUCGAUGAACUCACUUGGUUUUUUGAGGAUAAGUCGUCAUGGAUUGUAGCACUAGCUCUUACAUUGGCCAUGUUAAACAUUGUUUGCAGUGUUAUGAGUUUCAUUCUUAUACAGGCUGUCAAAAAGGAGGAGGAAGAAGCCCGUGCAUAUCGACAUUAAAAUCAAUCAGCUCUGCUAAAAUUUAUUAUUGCAUAGGCUUGACGAUUUUUUAUAACUAGAUCUUAAGAUGAUUCAUUGUCUUACAAAUAAUUAGCAAAUAAGUUUAAAAUGAAUAAACUAAGUUGACAAGGAACGUGAAUCGUUAUAAC